UAAUUAUAUCGUUCCGGAAACAGAUCAAUUAAUAAUAGCUAAUUCGUCACUUCCUCCGUCCCAUGGAAAUGGAGUGAAUAGAAUAUAAACAAACGGUUUGUUUUCCAGCACUGUUGUGAUCAAUGGAUGCGGAAGAGAAAUCGCUAGAAGAUGUUGCUGUUUCACUGAUAAGAGAAUUCUUAUGUAGAAAGGGAUUAAAAUUAACUCUGAAGUGCCUUGAUCACGAAUUUAAUCAAGAAGAAAACUAUAUCAGUGAUCGUCAAGAAUUAAUCCAAGAAUUGCAUUUAGAAAAACUAGUAAAAAAAAAUAAAAUUUCAUCAUAUCCGUUAAAAACAUUACUUGAAGUGAUUAUCAGAGAUCUGCAAACUAAACGAGAGAAAGCCACAAGUAACAUUAAUAACAAACAGAAUAAAAAAGAAACAAUUAAUAAAAAAACAAAAAAUUUACAGCUUCCUAUAGACAACGAUAAUUUCAGUCAAGACGAUAUUAAAAUUAAAGCAACUGAAGUAGAUUUAAAAAAUUGUCUGAAUUUUCAGACUGAAUUAAAUACACAAGAAGAUAUAGAAUAUUUCAAAAAAUCAUUCCAAACAUCUUUAGACUGUGAUAGAUUUUUUACAUUUACCAAGAAUUCAGAAAAAAAAGAUGAGGCAACAAAUAUAAUUUCUGGAAUAGAAUCAUCUGUACUUACAAAUUCAGAGAUAAAAAAUUUAUCAAAUGGCUAUUUAAAACCAAAACUAAAUAAUAAUAGCUCUAAGGGAUUAGAAACAAAGGCACAGUUUGGACUUGUUCAUUCUAGUCUUGAGAAUCCAAGUAGACAAAGAAGAAGAGCUCUAUACAAAGAAUCAUCAGAAGUAAAUUCAUUAAAAAACAAAAUUGCAUCAAAUAAUCUUUGUUCUGAUUCAAAAAAUAUUUUGGAAAUAAAACCCGAAAUUACUAAGAUCAAAUAUAGUGAAGACAAAAAAACGACUAGUUUCAAAUCAUCAACAGACAGAAUAAUUAAUAACAAUACAAAAGACAUGGAUGAUUUACAGCUAUGUGAUUUAAGUGAUUCAGAAGUUACUUUUCAGCCAAUCAAUAAAAUUUCCAGUAAAAAGAAAACAGCUUCAAGACCAAUAACAAUAUCUGAAGCUUGUGAAUUGAAAAAAUUGUUAUUUGGCAAUACAAGUGCAAAGUUUGGACCAGAAUGGAGAGGACAGGCCUUCAUAUUUAAUGAAUUUGAAUCUGUAUGCUAUGGACUUGUUCAAAAUAAGGGAGGACCAUGUGGAAUUUUGGCAGCUGUUCAGUCUCAUAUACUGCUUGAAUUAUUGUUUCACAAUUAUCAAGAUUUUUGUGUUAAUGGAUGUUUGAGACCAACAACACGAGCUUGUAAAACAUCAUUAAUAAGAACAUUGUCAAAAAUAUUAUGGAAAGCUGGAUUAAAACAACAGGCUAUUGUUGCUCUUCCUUCUGGAAGGCAAGUUAUUGAUGUGACAACUUCAUUAGCAGCAAAGUUACAAUAUGAUGGAUUAACAGAACAAUAUCAGGAAAUGGUAAAUUUAAUGGUAAUAGGAGAAGCAGUUUCCAAUGUGUUUGACAAUAAUUUAGAACUGAAUACCGGAGGCACGGAAAAAACAAUACUUCACGGCAUCCAUUCAGUUUCGGAUAUAGGUUUAUUAUCUUUAUUUGAACACUACAAUUCUUGUGAGGUUGGAAAAAAUCUGAAGAAUCCAAAUUUUCCAGUUUGGAUUGUUUUAAGUGAAAGUCAUUUUUCUGUCUUAUUUGCUACUUCAUUAGAAGAAACUAAAAGUGGAAGACUAUUCCACUUAUUUUAUUACGAUGGACUACUUAAUCAAAAUGAGGAAAUCCGUCUCACCGUUGAUCCUAUGUUUAAUUACGUUAGUAAUGAAGAUGAUUUAGUAUCUCCUAUUGACCAUUGCAUUCGUACAAAAUGGAAUGGAGCAAAAAUAUCAUGGAACAUAGAUCCUUUGCUAUAAUAAAGUCCAUAAAUACUCUUUUAGAACACCAAAAUUUCUGUAUCAAAGACUUACUAUCUCUUAGUAUGUACUGUACUUAGCACAAAAUGUAAUUAUUUUUGCAAUGAAUUGAACUUUUAGAUAUUUAAAUGUUUAUUUUGUCUAUAAAAAGAAAAACUGUUUAAAAAGAUUUACAAUUACUUUUUAUAGAUAGAAACACAUUGGACUGUGACUGAUUUAUAUUUUUAAUGAUCACGUUUUUCAUUUAAUAGUAUUAAAUAAAUGUUAUUGCAAAUAACAGCUUCUCUUGAUUUUUUUUAUUAAUGUUUCUGUAAAAGUACUGAAGUACUUUAACACUGAAAUUCCCCAAAAAAUAAUCAGACUUAUUUACAGUCACUUUUGAUAUCCAAUUCUUAAUGGUACAAACAAAUGGAGAAUCCAAUCUUUUACCAAGUUUCUGAAAU